GGUGAAUACCGACAGCGGGCACGCCUUUUGUAAACCAUGGACGAACAUGAAGUUGCUGCCGACAGCAUAGCUCGUCUCAAUGAUGAUGUUUUACGGGCCGUAGCGUGCCACUGCCCACCGGCUUCGCUCGUGCACGCGCGCCAGGCGUGCAAGGCGUGGAGCCGCACCUUCUGCGCCAGCCACCGUACAUUCGUGGUGUCUGCACGAGGCGCCCCGCAGGUCGGCGGCUCAGGGUCCCAGGGCGGCUCAGAGGAGGCGCUGGCAAAGUGCCUGGCUGUAGUGCCGCAGCUACAGCACGCCACUUUGCGCUCGCUCACGGACACGGAGGUCGUGUUUCGACCUCAUCUCCAGCUGUUGGCGGACCGCAGCGUCGCACGUCUCACCCUGGAGCGCGGCAGCGCCCAUGCGCCCACGCUCGCCAUAGCGCCCACGGAUGGAGCCGGGGCUAUGCAGUGGCCUACUUGGCCCUUCACACAUGGCUUCGGUGCGUUGCGAUGCCUGGAGCUGUGCGGUCCCGGUGGCUCCUGUUGGAGCGACGCCCUACUUCGCGAUGUGGGUCAGCUAACCAGGCUUGUGCGGCUGUCGGUGGGCCCGGUUUCAAGCAGCCAGGCGCUGCUGCUUUCGGCCCCCGGCUGUGGCCUGUCGGCGGGCCUGCGGUGCCUGGACCUACGGCUACUGCCGCCCAGCCUCUUUGGAGCGGCGGCAGCAGCAGGCAGCGCGGCAGCCGAGAAAUACGGUGGUGUAGCGGGAAGUGGGCACGGGGCUGAUGGGGACGAGGGCAUGCAAGGGGCCGCGGGCGCCAUGGCGGCGCCACUGCUUCGCAGCUUGGCCCGCCGCCUGCCGCGCCUUCGCUGCCUGCGGCUGCAGGACGCCCCCAAUCCGGCGGAUGACCCUGGACUGGCCGACUUCCUAGCCGCAGCCAUCCAUCACCAGCGCACAGACAGCGAGAGCCGCGGCCGGGGCAGCGCUGGGGUUGGGGCUGGGGCUUGCGAACUCGGCGGCUUACGGCGGCUGGAGCUGGAUUUUGCGGAUGCCGUCGACGAAUGCGACUACCUCACGUCAGCAAUUUUAAGUUGGUUAGGAGACGAAGGCGCAGCAGGUGCGGCAGGCAGCAGCAGGCUGGGCUGUUGCUGCGAGGACCAUGGGGAGUGGCCCAUCAGCGGCAUGGCUUGCGGGCGGCGGGGCGCUGGCGGCGGCAGUGGGUUGCGGGUUGAGCUGGGCGCCCACGUCAUGGCGGUGAGCAGCGUCAGCGAUGGCCGCAGUAGCAGUGGCAGUAGCAGUAGCAGCAGCGCACUGAGUGCUCGCAGCGGCAGUAGCACUCGCAGCAGCAACGGCAGCAGGGGAGGUCGCGGGGCGGAAAGUGGACUCGGUGGCGAGGAGGCGCAGGAAGGCAGCGGCCAGUGCGGCGGGGGGGAUGAUAAUAGUGAGGACGGCAGGGGCACCAGCGGUGCUGGUACGGAGUGUGCCGCGGCCACAGAGGUCACGCGCGCUCCUGGGCCGGCCCCUGGAUCUGAGCCCGCCGUGCCCACCGCCGCACCGCUGAUUGCCGCCCCGUGUGCUCUCACGGAGGAUGUGUUGGGCGCCCUGGAUGACUUGUUCACCAGCUUGGGCCUGCAGCCGCCGCAGCAGGCACGGCAGCCUGCCCACAAUUGCCAUCGGCCGCAGCAGCAGCAGCAGCAGCAGCAGCAGCAGCAGCAGGAACCGGGACACGGUGAGGGGCAGGGUGAUGAACACUGGGCGCAGCACAGCCGUGAGCGACAGCAGAAUCCGGGUGUGCAACAGGUGCGGGUCGGCCAGCUUAUACAGCAAGGCGACGCACGCGUGACAUGCAGGGAGUGUGUGAGCGGCGAUGCGCGCAGCAGCGGCAUAGGCACAGGUCUGAAUGCAGGCAGAGCCGUGGCGGCAGCCUUGGCGGCCGGCCGCCGCACCCACCUGCACCAGGGCGGCGCAGGUGGCAGUGUGCACCCACACAGCGACAACAACAACAGCUUUGCUGCAGCUGGCAGCGAGGAAGCCAGCUCGAACGGCUGGCACUCGCCCUCGCAGCUCCACACUUUGCCUCCGGCCCCUGCCGCCACAGUCUCGGCCACAUCGCUCGCGCUAGGCGCCAGCCCCUUGGUCCGCUGCCUCACCAUGCUAGAGCUCGUGCUCUGCUGCGACGCAGAUGUGGGGCGGGGUGCCGGCGGCGGCGCGGGUCAGGUGCUCGCGCUCGACCUGUCGCCGCUACCCCAGCUGCGCUCCCUCACGCUACGGCUGUUCUCCGACAGCGCCGCCACCAGCUACAGCCGUGGCUGUGAGCUACAGCUGUCGGGACUGGCGGCGCUGACGGCACUGCAGCUGCUGCGCAGCGACGGCAGUGCGCCGCCGCCAGAGCUGGCGGGCGGCCUGGCUGCGACGCUGGCGCGCGAGGCUCCGGCGCUGCGGCGGCUGGCGGUGGAGGGCGCAGUCAUGACCGUCGCACGCGCGCAGUGCGGCUUGGGCGGCGUGAAGGUGGACGACAGUGCGGGAGGCGAAGGCCACCCAGUCGAGGACGGGUGCUUGACAGAUGCGGUCGGGUGUUGGUGGGGUUUGGCGGCGUUGGCACGCUGCUCGCGGCUCGAGCAGCUGACGCUGCGACUGCUGCCCAACUGCCGCCCGCCGCGCUACAGCCGCCAUGUGGCAGUAGCCUGGAUGCCGCCCUCCCUGACACGUCUGGAGCUGUCGCACGUGAACCUCAGCGUUCUCGACCCGGGGGCUGCCGCUGCUGCAACAAGUGCUACGGCCGGAACGGAGCAAGGCCAGUCAGGGGAGAUAUCCGAGGCGCCAGGCGACGCGGGGCCGGCGCAGCCAACGCCGAUGCAGGCGCCAGCCUUGGCCCCAGCGGUGCGUGGCGGGCGUGCGUGGGGGAAAGAGAGCGAGGAGGAGCGGGUGGAUGAGCAGCAAGGAGAGGUGCAGGACGCAUCAACUACCGCGCCUGGGCCUGCAACCGCAACAGACGGCUUGCGCCCUUCACUGCUCCAACAGGGCCCAGGGCCAACGCCUGCGGCACCGUCGCCGUUGCUGGUGCCGCAGGGUCACUGCUUGGCCCAGCUGUCGCACCUCGCCCUGCAGUUCUGUCGAGUCGACUGCCUGCUUGCGCCGCCGCUGGCUGCAGCCACGGACCUCGCGCACCUCAGCCUCAGCAACUGCGCCGCGCCCAGCGCCACCGGCACGGCCAUCGCCGCUGCCUGGCCCUGCCUGCGCCACCUCUCGCUCAGCGCAUCGCUCGCCACGCCCUCGCCACUUCUGACGCCAGCCCUCACCAGGGCUACAGCGGCUGCUACUGCCGGCCGCGCCUCCGCAGAUGGCUGCUAUAGCCACCAGCGCGACGCCUGCGCCCUCACGGCUGAGGACGUGACAGCCCUCGGCGCCAUGACGGGUCUGAGGAGCCUGUUCUGGCACGCCCCGCACGUGCGUGGCGGACUGGAGCGCAGCGCACUGGCGGCUGCCAGCUGUUGUACAGCGCUGCAGCGGUUGAGCCUGCACUGCGGGUAUGACAAUGCCGUACGGCCGGAGGAGCUGGUUAGCAGCUUGGGGGGUCUGCGGGGGCUAGCGGAGCUAGACGUGGUGGUGGGGCACGGCCCCAGCCGCGCGGCUGUGGUGCUAGGCGGCGGUGGCGUGGUGGAAGGCCCGUACGGCGUUCACGGCAUUCCCGCCGGUGGCGAUUGUGGUGGGAACGUGGGGAGGUUUGGUGGUUCUGGAGUAGGUUCAGGUGCAGACGCGAGCACGGGCGGCGCCAGGGCGGAGCCGGCAGUGCGGGACCUGUCUAGGGCGCUGGCGGAUUGCUUGCCGUUCACGUUGGUGCAUGUGCGGCGUGACUAAGUUUGCUAGAUGAAUAUAGACUCGAUGACGCGUGCUUACUGCUUCGCUGCCCCUGCCUUUUGUGCUGUUGCCGCUGCCUGUUGCGAGAGAAUAAGAG